AUGUUGCGAAGAGGGCUCCCAAGAUGCCAACGCCCCCGAAGCCUGGUGCUGCGCGGGGACCCAUCUUUACUUGUGACGCUGCUUACUGGUGCAGAUGGAAAGGCUUCUGCUUUGCGACGAGGGCCCAAAACAACGCGUCGGAGAGGUGGCGCUCGGUGCAGUGCAUCCGACAAACGCCAUUUCCAGCCCUCCUCUCUUUGGCCAAAACCUUUGCAAGUUCUCGAGCGACAGGCACAUCGCGAAUUGAAGGAUGGAGAGCUUUCGGCUGCCGCGUGUGGGUCGCCUGCACGAUCGUUUACCUUGGCUUGGGCGGAUGUGCCGAAUGCCGAGCGCGUCAGCCAUGCUGUCUUCGAUUGUGCGGGCGAGAUAAGUCGCUCCCCUGGCAGCUUGUCUAGCGCAAGAAGAGUACGACUCGGGCACAAUCGCUGGUCAUUUGCAUCAGGACUCCAACCUCACAGAAUAUUCAUUUCUCAGAGAUACUACUCUUCGCAACCGGACGCGCCAAACAGCGCCAAAGAUGCCCCGCCACCUCUUCAUCUCGCCCAUCGAAUGGCAGAGGCAGCGGCCACCUCCUUCGCAUCCAUAGUGGUGCUGGCCGUCGGCUUCGCCAUUGCCGGAUAUGCCUACCACAAGACAUACAAGGCCAUUGUUCUCAAGAAGAUGGCCAAUGCCUUUGAACCCGGCGACCCAGUCUUGGAGCUUGCUGCGUUGGGCAAAGGGAUGCCUUACCCGCUCAUCCACGGUCACCACCCCGACGGUAGCGAGGUUGGCUCUCAUCACUGGGUGGCUCGACCGGAGCAAGACAAGGUCGAUGCCAUUGUGGCAGGUCGCAUUAGUGGACACUAUCAUCUCCUUAUUGGGGAGAAAGGCACCGGGAAGACGAGCAUGCUUCUCGAGGCGAUGCGAAAGAUUGAUGGAGAAGGCAUCGCCAUGCUUGACUGCCACGCGGAUCUCGAGUUGUUCCGCAUACGCCUCGGCAAGGCACUCGACUACGAGUACCACGAGGAUUACAUUGGCGGAUACUUCAACGAGCGAGGACCAAGGGAUACCACGGCAUUGCUUGACAUUGAGCGUGCUCUCAACAAGCUCGAAAAGGUUGCCAUGAAGCGCCGAAAGACGAAGCCCGGCCGGCCUCUUGUGCUCAUCAUCAACCAGAUGCAUCUACUCCGUGACGACGAGGAUGGAAAAGACUUGUUGGAACUCUUGCAGCAACGGGCAGAACAGUGGGCAGCGGCCAACUUGGUCACAAUGGUCUUCAAUUCGGAUGAUUACUGGGUUUACGAGCGCUUCAAGCAGCUCGCUACACGAAUGGAGGUUCUCGCCGUUCAGGAUCUGCCCAAGAUGCAGGCUACAGACGCUCUGAAGAAAUAUCGGCGAAGGUACCAUGCGCAGGAAAUCGAUGAUGCGACUGCCGAUAGCAUCUAUGGACAAGUUGGCGGCCGAUUGUCCUUCCUCCAUCGCGUGGCCAAAAGCAAGGACAUGUUGGAAACCUGUCGCAAACUCAUUCAGAUUGAGAAGACGUGGUUCCUCAACCAGUGCUGGAUUCUUGGCUCGACCAUGGAUGACGACGUGAUGGACCAGCAGAAAUGGGCGGCUGCUGCCAUGGUCCUCGCCCUAGCUCUUGUGGAUAAAGAGACGGAGAUGGAACAUACCUACGAUCCUGUCAAAGGCCAUGUGCUGCCUUCAUUUCCGGUUCACGAGGCCCAGCAGAUCAUGACGCGAGCCGACUUCGUCCGCGACUUUGACCGACGGAACCUCUUCGCCAUUACGAGUUCCGCCGACGUUCGUGCCUCUUCGGUUCCCAUGCACAUUGCCUUCAAGGAGAUUUGCUCCCAGCCCGGAUUCCGCGAACACCUCGAGGCGACAAACAAACGUAUCGCCGACAUUGAGAGCUUGGGCCGCACAAGGGAAUUGCAAGCCAAGGACCUCUUCCUUGGUGGCAAGUACGAGAUAACCCAGAACCGGGGGAUGACGGUUGUCGAGCUGAAGGGAAUCGAGCCGGAUGGAUCUCCGUCUGACCCAGAUGAUGCAGCACCUUCAUGA